UAAGCCACUCCGGACGUCAACGUCAACCCAGAAGAAUAUUUGUUUUGUCUGUUUCAAAACACCAGAUACAUACAUGCGAUCUUAAUUUACCAUACCAUAUAAGACAUUUUAUUUUGCCAUCAGUUGAGUAUUUUUAAGAAGAAGAGUUAAGAACGCAUCACACGACGAACGCGAAAGUCGUUUUUUUAUAGCAUCCAAAACUUAUUGUAAGAAGGCCAGCAGACGACAAAGAAGUUAGUCUUGGAGACAGGUGGAACCCGGCGUACAUUUCCUUACAUAAAAUCAAUUUCUGAGGUCACGCUAUGGUACCUGUACAAUAUGUUUAUAGUUACGUUGUUUUGAUAUGUUUGUUGAAUGUAUAUCGAGUGCCAGUGGUCAAAGCUAGCGACAAUUCUAUCACAAUGUGCAAUUCGACUAAAAUAGAUCAAGUAAAUUGCACAAGGAAUUCCUCCGUUUCGCAAAAUAAUACAAAAAAACCGAAGAAAAGUUUCUCACUUCCUCAAGAUAUAUUAAUAACAACAAUGGUGGUCUCCACAGUUGGUGUCCUUACAAAUGGUCUUCUUAUUGUUGUUAUUGUGAAGGAUCCUUUAAACAAACUAAGACGAGGACCGUGGAUUACCAUCUUAAGCUUAUCUAUAGCUGACAUCAAUGCAUCUUUGUCCCAAUUCAUGAUUGUUGGAUUGGGUAGAUUGUUCGAGGUCAAACCAUCAGAAGCUGUCAAUUAUUCUGUCCUUUUCUUUUGGAUGUUUGGGGCUGCGGGCUCAUUUUUUCACUUGACAUCACUCACAUGGCAAACUUACAUGAUUGCAAAGUAUCCCAUACGUAGCCGACAGAUGUUGUCUACCAGAAAAAUAUACAUAUUAUGUGCGACUGUUUGGUUGAUUGCCAUUUGCAUGGCAUUUGGUGAACUCACAUCAAUUUACAUCAAGAAAAAUGAACAGCUUAUGUACACCUAUAUCACAGUAUAUGCUGUCUUGGAAAUCGCUGUUUUACUUCAGAUCAUAUUGAAGUGUUUCAUACUUAAGGCUGUAUUGCAAAGUCGACAAAACACUAAAGUAAAUGCUAAACAGCACAACACUAAACACUUUGAAAUUGUAAAGACAAUCAUUGUGCUGAAUGUCUUAUUACUGGUAACUGCAUUUCCUUAUUUUGUCGCCAAACAAGUGGAGUUUAUUCAAAGGCUUGGAAAAAUACAAGGUGAAUUGGCUUGGCGUUUUUCUUACUACUACGAACCAGUUGCCAUGGUGAAUUUCGCUGUCAAUCCAAUUGUGUAUGCACUGAGGCUUCCAGAUUAUCGAAACAGUAUGAAGGCGUUUUUUAGAAAAAAGAAUACUGUUUUUACUCCAACAUCCAAGUCAACAACCUUUUCCUUCCGGUCCACCAAUAAGACAUUUGCGAUGUAACUACAUUCAUCGUUUAUAACUUUAUGAUUAAUAUACAAAUUUUUUAUUUGAGUAUAGUAUAGGUAAUAUUAGCAUAGUUUUAAAGGGAAGAUGAAAGAAAAAGAAACUAUCAUGAUUUGUAGCGAGAUUUAAACUGACUAAAAUUUACAGCCAA